AUGCCUUCCGGCGGUAAUGAUAAUAAUCAUCCCAGCGUCACCGGCGGUCUCGGCGAAACAGUUGGCAAGACGUUCGAAGGGUCCACGCGCACAUUUGGCAAUGUCGUGAGUGGUCUUGGGGCGACGCUUGGUGGCGCGGCUCAAGGGGUAGGCCAAACUGCAGCUGGCGCUGCUGAGGGACUCGGCACUACAACUAGAGGCCUCGGACAGUCGGCCAAUAGGGGCUUUGCAGGUGGCGUUGAAAGGUCUAGGAAGAUAGAAGAGGAGCUGGAAAAGGAUAAAGUAGAUUAG